GUAGCGCCUGUCCGGGAGGGAAACAACCCAAACAACAAGAGGAAGAAGAAGGAGAAGGAGAGACAAGUUGAGCAAAGCUGCAACUGGUUUUUAAACCUCCGGUAGCUGCAACCCAAACCGACCCCUGCCUCCACUCUCACAUGCCUGCGUUGAUGUGGGAGAGAGGGAGGGGAGCGGACCGGGGGAUGUUUGAAUCAUAAAAAACUUGCAGAGAUACAACAAGAGCAAUUAAAAUAGUUUUUUUUUUUUAAAUCAUGGAGACUCAAGCGGUUGAACAGCACCAGAGCUGCACGGUGGAGGACGUGCGUAAGAGCGGAUACCUCCGCAAACAGAAGUCCAUGCACCGGCGGUACUUCGUGCUGCGCGCCGCUUCGGAGCGUGGCCCGGCCCGUCUGGAGUACUACGAGAGCGAGAAGAAAUUCCGCGGCAAGGCCCCCGUCCCGAAGAAAGCCGUGGCUCUGGAGACAUGCUUCAACAUCAACAAGAGAGCCGACUCCAAGAACAAGCACAUGAUCGUGCUCUACACCCGGGCGGAGAGUUUCGCCAUCGCGGCGGAGAACGAGGCGGAUCAGGACGAGUGGUACCAGGCCAUGGUGGACCUGCAGUGCAAAAGUAAGAACCCCACUGACAGUGGGGCUGCGGGGGAUUAUGGAGUGCCCAAUCCUGGGCCUGCAUUCAAAGAGGUGUGGCAGGUGAAGGUGUGGCCCAAAGGUCUGGGUCAAGCCAAGAACCUGGUGGGCAUCUACCGCCUUUGCUUAACUGACAAGACGGUCAACUUUGUGAAACUCAACUCUGACGCUGCUGCUGUGGUGCUGCAGCUGAUGAAUGUCCGACGCUGUGGACAUUCGGAAAACUUCUUCUUUGUCGAGGUGGGACGCUCUGCCGUAACAGGCCCGGGCGAGUUCUGGAUGCAGGUGGAUGAUUCGGUGGUGGCCCAGAACAUGCAUGAAACCUUGCUCGAGGCCAUGAAGGCACUGAGCGAAGAGUUUCGCCAACGCAGCAAGUCUCAGUCGAACUCCGGCCCCGGAGGAGGUGCUACAGCUUCUAACCCUAUCAGUGUUCCCUCACGACGCCACCACCCAAACCCUCCUCCUAGCCAGGUGGGCUUCACCCGCCGGCCCCGAACUGAGCCUCCAGGAGGAGCUAAUGGUGGUGCAGGCGUCAGCAGUGCCAAUGCCUCUCCCACCCCACGACACAGCUUCCCAAGAUCUCGUACUGCCAGUGAUGGGGGGAAAGGUGACGAUGGGAUGGCAGGGAGCAUACCGCUCCAAGGGCCAAGCUCUAGCCCCUCCACCAAUGGCUCCUGCUCCACCACCCCAAUACUCAGGUCGAAGUCAGCCCGUUCAGCCCCCACAACAGCUGCUAAAACGCCUCUUGGGUUGAUGCGCUCCAUCUCCACUCCAGCACCUUCCCCAGCCCCAAGCCUCUCUUCUAGCUCUGGUCAUGGCUCUGAGUUUGGAGGCAUUACAUCCUCUACUGGUGCUGGUCCAUCUGGUGCCUACAGUCGUGUCCCCUCCCAUCGCGCAUCUGUCUCGGGUUCACCCAGUGAUUAUGGUUCCUCAGACGAGUAUGGCUCGAGUCCUGGGGAUCACACGCUCCUCCCCUCCCCGAGCCUCCCUGGAAGCUCUGUUGGAAGUGUUGGCAGCCAGUCCCUUGGCGAUGAGGGAGCCAAUUAUAUCCUAAUGGGCCAACGUAGUGGUGGCAACGGUGGUGGUAGCAGCAGUAAUCAAGGGAGCUUAACAUCCAGCUCCCUGCCAGCCACAGGAACACCUGCCUGUGGCUCCCAGCCCCAAACCAGGAGAGUGCUGCGGCGCUCCUCCAGCCGUGAAUGUGAAGCUGAACGUAGGCUGCUUAGCAAGCGGGCUUCGUUACCUCCUAUGGCCCUGGAAAGGCUGGCCCCACGUCAGCGCAGAGCUGAGGAGCCAGCAGAUGAAGAUUCAGCCGAUUAUGCCAUCAUGUCAAGGAGCACCAGCCGCGAGUCUUUUGCGUCCACCUCUUCUUCUACACAGAGGGAAUCUGUCACCAGUGCUGGGUCAGCAGGGGGCGGAGGAGGAGGAGGGUACUUAGAUGUGUCGGGUGAGUUCAAAAGUGAAGGAGGUGGAGGAGCAAGUGGUAGUGUAGAUUUAGGUGUGGACAAUGGGUACAUGUCAAUGCUGCCUGGCGUCACUCAGCCUCCAGUACCUCUGUCCCAGUCGUUGGCUGUUUCGGUCCCGGACUCAGAUUCCAAACCUGCUGAUGAUUACAUGGCCAUGACCCCCAACAACAGCGUGUCCCCUCCACAGCAGAUCCGGCCACCACCAGCUUCUGAUGGGUAUAUGAUAAUGUCCCCAAAUAGCAGCUGCUCUCCUGACCAGCGAGGAGGUCUCUCUGGUGGUGCUUGGGUGGGCAGUGGUAGUGCAGAUAGCAGGGCAGGCAGUGACUAUAUGAACAUGUCUCCAAUCAGUGCACGUUCUGUAAAUGGCAGCCCCCCACCUCCUGAGCACACCGGCCAUUUGGAGACCAGUUCUCAACAACAAGCCCCCAAGAUGGUGUAUUCGUACUAUUCCCUUCCCCGGUCAUACAAACACAACCCCUCUGCUGGACACUUUGAUGAUGGGCCUGGACGGGGAAGAAGGCCCAAUGGCAAUUGUAGUAGAGGAAUGGGUGGAGGUAGGACUAUGGGAGGGCGUCAGGACCAACCAGCAGUAGGCAAUUCAGUGGUUGGACGCCACCUGUCACUCUCAUCCUCUUCAUACUCCUCCAGCUCAGCCAGCAGUGAGAGCCUCGGAGAGAGCGAGGACCGAGCUACCCAGGCAAUGAGCACCAUGGCUGGGGGAACUCCGUCCAAAGAUGGGAGUAAGCUCCAGCAGAGGCGUGGCUCUGGUGGUAUGUCCAAGCAGGGUAGUCAUACUAGAAACAGACCAGUGAGCCUGUUUGUGGAUGUAUCCAAGGCUAACACCCUUCCUAGGGUCCGUGAGAACCCUCUGCCCCCAGAACCUAAGAGUCCUGGAGAGUAUGUAAGCAUUGAGUUUAAAGGGGAGAAGUGCAGCCAGACUGGGGUUGGUGGAGGGCGUGGCAGGGCUCUCAGGCAUGGCUUAUCAUUGCCUCAUGGCUCAAGCACCAAACAUCCUCAGCACAGGCCAACAUCUUGCUUAGGGAACUUUAUUCCACUUUCCCGUAGCCCCUCGGCCCCCAUCACUCCUCCAGCUGCCUCCGAGUAUGUCAACAUGGACUUGGGCCCUUCUCCGUCCCCCUCACCCCUUACACCACUAGUUUUCCCUAAUUUCCACACCCCUCCCACACCUCCAACUCUUGUUCAUGCCCCCAAAGCCUGUGAUGAGGGUACUACUCCCCCUCGAGAGGAGGGGGCUGAAGUUGCUGAGGCCCCACUUAGGAAAAGCAGAGAAAGCGUCCCAUCAGUAUCUGAGUCUGAGUCCCCAACCUCCUGUGGAGACUACACAGAGAUGGUCUUCAGCUUGAAUAGCAACACCGUCCCUAGGUCUUCAUCGAGUGUUUCCCCAAAAGCCCCUUCCCCCACAAGGACUGAUCCUUCUGUUCCAGUGCUAUCACGGGGUCUAGACUUUCCCCUCGCCAAACCAGGACCCAACCCAGACCACGGGGCUAAAGUUAUCCGGGCCGACCCCCAAGGACGCAGACGACAUUGCUCAGAAACCUUCCUUGCCUCACCUUCCCUUCCCACCUCUACCUCUACCUCUACUUCCUCUUCAUCCACUGCCUCCCUCUUUCCGGAACAUGCCCAAGCUGUGGCCCGCCGGCUGGGCUUUGAAAGCAUGCUGUGGGGUAAUGGUGCUGUGACUGAUAACCCCACUCAGUCCCUUCCUACAAACAGUCAGACUUCGUCCACAGAGCAAGGCCUUAACUAUAUAGACUUGGACUUGGCCAACAAAGAGAGCCCCCAUUUGGGCCUGGAUGGACCCUCAGGUAGCCAGGCCCCGUCUCGUCUCUUCUCUGUACUGGGUGGAAGUUCUGGUGUCGGGGGAGUGAACGCAGCAGUCGGCAGCAGUGGCAGCAGUAGCUCCAGCCUCAACACUUACGCCAGCAUCGACUUCUACAAAUCAGAGGAGCUGCGGACGCAUCAGAAUGGAAACAAGGAGGGAACAGAGUGCUGAUGUCACUGCGUCGUCCUUGGGGAAACAAUCUCGUACCGCUCGGAGAUCUUCAAAGAGCUCGGCCUGCUCCGUUUGGUGACGACAAAUCGCAUCGAGGGAGCAGCAGGAUUGGACACGCCCCCCCCACACCCCACAACCCCGAAGCACUUUGACAGAAACUUGAUGGAAAACUUAAAAAAAUUAAAUUUUUCCUUUGCUUUCAUCUUGUUGGUUCGCAGAAACCAACGGGGAUGUGUGCCAAAUGACACUCUCGAAAAGCCAUUUGCUGCUCUCAUUCCUUGAGUGAAAGCCAAUCAGAGAAGGGUACAAAAACAAAAUGAGAUUUUCAAGAGAAAAAACUCAAAUCAUUAAGAGUAUAAAGGUGUAUGAAAAGAAAACAAGUAGAGAUAUAUAUCAGCUCAAAAAGUGCCUCACUUUCAGAUUGUAGCCAUUUUACAAAGAACUUCAACUAACCGAAACUUUGGGUUAUUUUUUUUGUGCUUGAUUUGAUGUAGUUACAACAACAAAAAAAUACAACGCAGCAGAAGAUUUAGAUAAAGUAGGUAGCACUGGUGUUGAGCUUUCGCUGCGUUCAUGUCAUCUGGGACUUUAUGACUUACAUAGUGGAUAGAGGGUUAAAAAAUGACUGUGUAUGACAAAAGUAGCCAUGAAAUCUGAGUUUAUUUACUUGAACCCUGAUUCCAGAAAAGUUGGAAUGCUGUAAAUCCAUCCAUCUAGCCAUGUCCGUAACACCUCCAAAGGAAGAGGCCUUUCCAACUGUAAAUAAAAAUAAGAGAGUGCAAUGAUUUGCAAAUAACGUUUCGACCUACAAGGUAAAAAAAAAAGUCUGUAGAUCCUAUGGUGCAAAACUGCCAAACCAUGACAGUAAAAGACUCUGUAAAAUCUGCAAUGAAAUAUAAACCCUAUACAGUUAAAAGGUCAUAUCUCAUAUCCUUUAUUUGUAUCAUUUUAAGGGAAUUCAUACAGAAUAAAUUACUAUUUUAUAUGAGAGACUGGUAAUUUUACAGUAAAAUACUGUAAUAUUAAGUGGCAUAUAUUUCAUAUUUUCUUUUAUUGUCACGGUUUGGCAGUUUUUAAUCUACAGACAUUUUAAGAUGUGGACUAAAAUGCCAAACUUGAACUUGAAAUCAACAGUACUAAUAUUAUUUUACUGUAAUAUUAGAAAGAAUUAUGGGUUCGCCCAGGGCGCAAAUGUGGCCAGGACCGGCGCUGCACAAAGAUGUUUGUUUUCCAAACUUUUAAGAACUACUUCUUUGGAAUCAGGGUUGUACUUUGUUUGCAAGUCCAAGACAUAAAAAGUAAAAGUAACAUUCAUAAUUUGGACGUUUACGUGAAUAUUUACAAGUAACGAGACUAAAUCUGACGUGACAUGAACGCAGCGUCUUUGCCGACACUGAUAGCGAUAACGGUACUAGCACUCAGCCGGCCUUCCUGUCUACUGUGAGAAAUAUUAGCGUAGCUGCUGUUCGCGUUCUGCUCGUUUAAGACCUUUUAGGCUUUUAUUCCGUCGACCCUGUUUUUGUUUUCUCUCGCUUUUUCUUCUUUCUUUUUCUUUUUUUAAACAGAGCCAUACACCUAAAGUAUUAAAACACACACAGGCUUGAAAACAAAAAGGCACUUGUAGCAGGGUGAAACUGUCGGCUAGGUCAGAUUUAAGAUAUUAUAGCAUCGUCCCAGGAUGUGAAUUCUCCAUCCUGCUGACUACAGCUCAGAACGAGACCCCUGAUAUAGAGCCAAGAAAUCCCAUUAGUGCUAUUAGCUCCAGACACUUAUGUCCCACUUAAUCCCCGUCGUCUCAGGAUGCUAAAUAACACACGGUACAUACAGUAGAGGAUAGACACCCUAUCAAUAGCCAUGUUAAUGCUAGAUUUGUAGCGGUCAAGACACUGCUUUUAGCACCAGAAAGGUCGUCGGUUUCUUAUUUCGAGCUAAUAAAUGCUAAUUUGUUCUCAGUUAUUUUCUACGUUAAGGUACCAAACAAUUUUACACUUUUUAAACUGGUUUAAAUUCUACUUUUAAGACUUUCUUCUUUGUCUUUUUCCGCUUUGGCUCUUACUUUAAUCUCCGCUAUGCAUCAGCACUUAAGUGCCUGUCUGUCCUUAUGUUUAUAUAUAUAUAUAUAUAUAUAUUUCUGUCUGUCUCUCUGCCCCGUCUUAGCAGCUAGCACUAAUAGGGCUACCCCUAGCUGAAUAUAUCGAGUCUAUUUUUGUGUCUAUUUUUGUCUCUUUUUGGCUGUACAGUUCUCAUAAGAUAACUCGUUUAUGUUCGUUCGGUGUGACAAUGUAUCUAUCAGAUGACUUGACUGACAGCCAUGAGCCCUAAUCGGAGGAGUUUUUGGACUGUUUCUCUCUUUGCCGGUAAUGGAGGACUUACUUGUCGCAGGGCCAUCAGUGCCAAAACACAACAACAACAACAUCAACAACAACAACAACAAAAAAAAAGACUAAGCUCCGACAGCACCUCAAGAAGCAACCUUCAAGCUCUCAAAAGUCUGGACGUAUUGCUUUGUUUUUUGUUUUUAAAAAAUGUAACCUUUCGUGUUUUUUUGUUUUUUUUUCCACCGUUGUUUUCUUUUGCAGCAGGAGGAGAGGGAGCUGUGACAUAUCUCGCCUCGCAGUCUGCUUUAUGUGACUCUCGGAGAUAAAGGUCAUCGUGAAAGACUUGCGUACGCUUUAACCUUGAAUCUUUUGCCUACGACUUUGACCAGAAAAAAAA